AGCAGGAAACAGACAUAUCCCAGAAUGCUCACUGUCAGGAUCACACAACCCUAAUGUAAAAAUAUUUUCACUGAUCAAUGUGAAGCAGCAACAGGCUUUGUGUAGAGGGAGAGGGGCCAAAGUCACACAUUUUGCAUCAGAAUGUCUAACCACCACAAUUCCGACGUGUGCAGAUCUGGGCUUGGAGUUUUAUCCAUAAUGGAAUGAGAGGCAGUUGCACACUUCAGAUCCACAUCUGGACCCUGCUUUACUACCUCUCAUAUUUGCACUGCCUCAUGAUCAUCAGUUCUGCUCCCUUUUGUGGUUUUACAGAGCUCCGCCUGCUAAAGGCACACAGAACUUUGUUCAAUGGAAAUGAUCACUCUGGCUUGUCUUUGCUGCAGACGCCAUGUGGAGGGCGUUGGGUCUCUUCCUUGGCUUCCAGCUGCUGGCAGGUCUUUGCAGUGGGGUGACAGUGACACAGAAGGAGAAGUUUAUAGCCAUCCAGAAUGGGAGCAAGGCAAGAAUCCCAUGUAAACAUAAUGACAACUCUUACAUUACUGUCCUGUGGUAUCAGCAGAAGGCUACAGAAAGGCAGCUGCAGUUAGUAGCCACCUCCACAGGUGUGAAUUCAUCAGACAUGGAAAAAGAGUUCAAAAACAGAUACAGUGUGGCAAGGCCAGAAAUUCUGAACACCUCCCUGACAAUCAACCCCGGGAUGGUUGAAGACACUGCAGUGUAUUUCUGUGCAGCUAGGGCUGGGGUUGGAGACCUCAUCUUGCAGUGGCCAAGAGCAGCAAUCCAGAAACCUGGGGAGGAUGUGACCAUGAGCUGUUACCAGAACGACACUGACGCCAUGUGGAGGGCAUUGGGUGUCUCCCUUGGCUUCCAGCUGCUGGCCGGUCUUUGCAAUGGGGUGAUGGUGACACAGAAGGAGAAGUUUAUAGCCAUCCAGAAUGGGAGCAAGGGAAGUUUCCCAUGUGAACAUGAUGACAGCUCCUACUAUACUGUCCUGUGGUGUCAGCAAAAGAAGGAUUCAGAAAGGUAG